CAUCUCCCUGGUCGAAUCUCUCUGCUCGUCCACGGCCCACGCCUCAUCCCCGGCCCUGCCCAGAUCGGUUGCUCAGCUGCGAUGGAGACCCACAGCAACAGCCACGAAAGCAGUGUCCCCGCCGACGACGCUGCCGUCUCGUCCGCUCUCGAAGCCCCUGCCCAUCCCCCACUUGCCCGGACCUCAUACGCUAUUACGCACGUCAAUCCCUGGGAGGCUGGCGCUGACCUCGACGAGGUCGAGUCCAGCUUCCAUCAGAGCAUCCUAUCCAAUCCUGUCCUGUCGCCGUCCUCCAUCAUGUCUGGAUACAAUUCGCCGCGCCUGAGCUCCUCUGGUCCGCAUCUCGGCAGCACCAGGGGGUCGUCCAACUCGAGUAGCCUGUCGAUCCUCCAAGCCUCUGCCACCCACACCUAUCCGCACCCGGUCGUCCCUUCGGCUCUGGAGGACGAGGAUCCAUGGAGUCGUCCUGUGCCCUCCAUGCAGGACGCUCUGGGCAUCCGCCCCAGUGCCUCUGCUCCUCCUGCGGCGGCGGAGGAGGGGCUUGUCGAUGUCCUGCCCAAUCCAACGGUCAAGUCGCUGCGGUCGUCGAUGAGCCGCUCCUCCAGCGCUCUCUCGGACUUCCAGUGGUAUCUCAACGUCGAAAAUAUCAGCGUCAAGAUCGCCCCGGUCAAGGGUGGCGUGAUUUUCAAGCAUGUCAACUACCUUCUCGAGUCGCAGACCUCCCACAACCUGAUCACUCGUCGCUACUCGGAUUUCGCGUGGCUGUCGACGAUUCUCUACAAGCGGUAUCCGUCGCGGUUAUUGCCCACCCUUCCUCCCAAGGCAGUUGGUGGCCAGUCUGAUCCCGUGUUCUUGGAGAAGCGACGCCGUGGACUCUUGCGCUUCAUCAACUUUAUUGUCAACCACCCUGUCUUGCAUGCCGACAGCGAGGUCGUCGAGUUCCUCCAAUCCAAGGACUUUACACAGCAUCGCAAAGCCACUCAAGUGUUGCUGAAUGAAGAGUUCCUGGGAGACACCGGCGUCCAAGACCGCUUGGUUGAGGUGCCUGCCGAUCUCGACGAGCGCUUGACUGUGAUCCGUGGCGAUCUCGUGCCAUCGAUACAUGCAUACCAGAACAUGGCGGUUUCGAUCGAGCGAUUCUCGAAGCGUGCCGAAGCCUCGUCCAGCGAUCUCCUUCGAUAUUCCACAGUUUUGAGCCCCAUACCCGAAAAGCAUCUCUGCAUCGAAAAGGAGUGCCAGUCGUGUGCCAAGCUGAACCUGGGCUUCCAUGACUUGUCGAACGGGUUCCAGCGUAUCGCGCGCACGUACAACGAGCUGGCACACGAUGGUCACGAGUCGAUCAUCGAAGGACUGAAGACCUACCGUGACUUGCUGGUCUCACUGGUGGAGCUCUUGGAUCGCCGCGACAAAGUGUUUGCGACCAUCUCGAUUGAGAGUCUCAAGAACAAGAUUGCCGCAACGCACGCCCGGCUGUCCGACGCUCAGUCGAAAGGAAACUCAAAGGAGAUUGAACGCCUGGUCAAGCUCAUCAAUCAGGAUGACCAGGAGCUCGCCACACAGCUUCGAAAACUCGACUUUUACAGAUGGUCGCUGUGGCAGGAGCUCCGAUUCUUCCAUCAACAAAAGGCGCAUCUGUCCAGGAUCUACCAGAGCUAUGUGACGUUCUCGAUCCGCAGCGCCCAGCAGCUGACCGAGGGCUGGCAGAACCUCUCCGAGACCGUGUUCGAGAUGCCAACCAGCGGAUAUAUUUGAAUGAAGCCAAAUGAGCCUGUCGAUAUGCUGUCAUGCUUCGCCCGCUAUUACUCUCGCCUAUCUCUGCUGAUCCCCCCCCCAACUUGCGGGUGGAGACAGGCCUUCUUGCCUGCCCCUUUCCCUUUUGCUUCGUUACUGGCGUCUCGUCGCCGUCGUGUUCCUGGCCAUUAUGCUGUACUUUUGAACUUCCUCGCUCUACCAAGCCUAGAUGCAAUCGAAUGCACGCUCGAUCGGAUCGCUGUCAAUAUCCAAUAUAUGAAGAAACCCUUUCCCACUCCGA